AAAUAAAGUGAUAACGAUGAAUCAAAUGGAUAUAUCUUUACCAUUCACAUUAAAACGAGAACGAGAAGAAUUUGAUGUAGGGGAUACUGAUGAUAAUAACACUAGUCUAGAGGAUAUUAACAAUCUCCUAUCAAUAUCAAUACCUUCACUUUCAGCAAAUAAAUUUCAUAUUCUCACCGAUCCAAAUGACGAAUUUCUUCGACUGACUACUACGGUUCGUGCUGUAUAUUUUUCAUAUCUUCAUAAAUGUUUACUCUCUAAUUAUAUUCUUUGCUAUAAAGAAAAGAAUGAAGAUAUUCCAAGUAAUCAAUUAAAAAUGUGUGCAAAUCAAAUGGAAUUGCUUGCAGUUCGAUCAUCUUUAGAAUCCACUUUAUAUAGACAAAAUAUGUUAAAAUUGAUUUCAGAUGUAAAAUCACACACAUCAGAAAAAAAAGCCUAUAAAAAAUUGAUAAUAUUUUUAGAAACCCCACCAACUAAAGUAGAUAUUGGAGUUCAAACAAUUAAUUCAUGGACAGAGUUAAAAAGAACAGAUAAUAUUCAAAGUAUUUGUAUCACAUCUAAUUGUGAAGAAUUGUCCUCCAUAAAAAAAACACUACAGCACAAAAAAGAUGAUAUAAACGAUGAAUGUGAAGAUCAUGAUAUAUCUUCUCAAUUGACUAUUUGUAACAAUACAGCUUCACCAACUAUACAUUCUACUAGUUUUUCUGAUACAGAUCAUAGUAAAUUCAAUAAUGAGUCAGAUGAAGAAACAAAGAAUAAAAUGAUAGUAGAUGAAGAAACAAUGAGAGAAGAUAGCAAUACCUUUAGUUGUACACAAGACAAUUCUAAUACUCAGAUUGCAAAUCGAUCUAAUGUUCAAAAUGAUGAUGAAAAUACACAGGAUUCACUUUUGCAACACAUGGAAGAUAUGUUUUGCGAUAGUGAUGAUAGCAGCGAUCUUAUGACAUUAAUUGAGAAACAUUCAGGUGUUACUAAGGCUAAUAUGGAUAAAGAAAUUAAUGCCCUUCUUCCACAUAAUUCAAAUACUUCUAUUAAUAUGUCUGGAAGUAAGGAUGUUAUAAAAAUUAACUCUGUUAAAAGCAAUUGCAUAAAGACAUCAAAUACAAGUACAGGAAAGUAUAGUUUUAGUUACUAUAAAGAGAUGAAAACUAGAGAAACUAAUAAAUCAUUAUUAGCAGAAAGUGAAACAUUAGAAAAUAAACAAAAACGUAGAAUAAACAGCAUUUGGUUCGUUGAACGUGUAUAUCAAGUAUCAAAAUUAAAAGCAAAGAUGACAGAACUAUCUUUAAAGGAUUAUAGAAGACAUGGAAGAGUUAAAGAAAAAUUUAUUGAAUUAUUUGGAGAAAAUGAUGAUGAAGAAAUGAUGCCAGAUUCACCAAUUUGUAUAGAAGAACAUUUAACUGCAUGUAAAGAGAGAAUAGCACCAUGGAUUGUAAAGCAUUUAAUGCCAUUUUAUAAGAAACGAAGAAUUAAAGAUAGGCAACUGUUUAAAAUAGUUGCAAAACAUGUAGCUGAUAUGCUCAUUAUUGAGAAUACGUUUCCUGAACAAGACUGUGUGAGUAAGUAUAUAGAAACAUACUUCAAAAAUAAAAAAUUCAUUAGAACUAAACAGGAUGUGUACAUAUAA